CCCCGGCCCGGUAACCGCUCCCCGCCGCCGCCGCCGCCGCCGCCAUGAGCUCGCGGCAGCCGGACGCCCCCGCGCUGGAGCGGGGCGGCGGGGCCGUGCCCGGGAAGAUGUCGCUGCCCCUCGGGGUCCCCCGGCGGGCCUUCAGCUACGACGACGCCCUGGAGGACACGGCCCCCAUGACGCCGCCGCCCGCCGACCUGUGCUCCGGGGUCCUGUGGAAGCAGCCCGUCAUCCCCGAGCGCAAGUACCAGGAGCUCUCGAAGGUUGAGGAGGGGGAUGCUCACGUGAACGCACCUGUCAUAACUCCUUCAUCUUCCACCGAAAGCGUCAACAAGGUACCCGUGGUAAAGGCCAAGGCCACUCAUAUCAUCAUGAACUCUCUCAUCACAAAGCAGACUCAGGAGAGCAUUCAGCGCUUUGAGCAGCAGGCAGGGCUGAGAGAAGCGGGCUACACUCCCCACAAAGGCCUCACUACGGAGGAGACCAAGUAUCACCGAGUGGCUGAGGCAGUGCACAAGCUAAAAAUGCAGAGUGGAGAAAUGACAAAAGACGACAAACAGACUUCUUCUGCUCAGUCCACUCCAAGCAGCACUCCCCACUCAUCUCCCAAGCAUAAAAACAGGAGUUGGUUUAGUCAGGGAUCCUCUGCUUCUAUCACUGGCCCAGACUUUGUUGCCAUGGAAGCUGGUGGGGACAGAUUGCCAUCUGAAAGAUGGAGUCUUUUUGGACCCAAAGCCAUCCAGAAAUCCACCAAUGAUCCAGGAGGAUUUACCAUCCAAUCCUAUAAGGGUGCCCAGAAGCCAUCCCCGAUGGAGCUGAUGCGUGCUCAGGCUACUAGAAUGCCAGAGGAUCCGGUCACCUUCAAGCCACCCAAAAUGGACAUUCCAGUCACAGAAGGGAGGAAACAGUCUCCGCGUUCCCAUAAUAUCAAACCACGGGAUCUGAAUGUGCUGACUCCAACUGGGUUCUAGGAAGAGUGCUGCUGGUAUCCUUAGUACCUACCUACAAGGCGUCCCUGUGCCGUUGUGCUGCGGUAAAAUAGGAAUGUCUCCCUCCCAGCUCUUCAUCUCAGAAAAGGAAAUAGCUGUGACUGUCCUCCUAAUGCCAGCCUUGAAUCAGUCCUGGAAAAAACCCUGCACUCGUGCUAAAUCAUUGCAAACCAUCUUCUCUGCUGUGCUGCACCAGCUCUGUCUGCUAGGCUGCACUACGAGACACGCAUCCUAGUACCCUGCACUAAAGUAAGACCUUGAGCCACGUUCUGUGGCAGAGGACUGCAUGGGGUGUGCAGAUAGGCUGGCGUGUCGACGUGCGGUCUGGUUGUCUUGUCCUGCCCAGUGCUGAAGUACCCUCAGGAGGACUGGUUCUGUCAUGUACAGAACAGCAGAAAAUGAUGAAAACAAGCAAGGACCAAAAGCUGGACCGUUAGCUGCCAGGAGGAAAACUGCUCUGGGAAUGUGGUAGGUCAGCUUUAAAUGUGCAGCUCCCUUACUGUCUGUUGUGACCUUAUAGUUCAACGUCUAGGAACUCGCCUGUUCCUGGGCUCGUUUCAAAGGAAGAAUGCAGCCUUGCCUGUUCUAAGAUACUCAUUGUAAAGGCGGGGGAAGAAUCUAAUGAGGCUUGGCAGUAAUGAGAGAACUGCUUCUCUCCUAGCUCUCUGGGUUCCUCCAGAAAUGGUAGAAAUGACCAGAGCUGGUGUGGCUUGAACCAAGUAAUCCUCUUUUCUUUCUGCAAAGCAAUGCUGUCCUGGCUCAUCCUAGCCAGAUGUACAGCAGUUCUGGCACUCUGGUUGCUGCUUCAUUGUUUUUUCUAGCAUCUUGUAUGAAUCAUGUAGAAGUGCAUUGGGCACCAGUGGCACUUCUCAAAAGGGUCUCUUGUUUCAUCAGCAUUAAACAGAUUUUGCAGGACUGGGGGAAGACUGAGUGGAAGAUCAAGGCUAAACAUUGCUCUGUGCUGUGAUACAGUGACGUGUUGUUUUUUGGCCUAGUCUUUACCAGUUACUGCAAACAGUUAACGCUUGCUUUCAAAAGUGGAAGGGCCUCCUAGCUACCAUCUAACCCUUUGAUCUGUAGACAGCAUUGCUGUGUAAUUGUCACCUGUCCUGUGGCAAUCAGGGCUCUUCUUGAUCUCAUGAUUGUGUUGCGGAGCUCCCUCAGCCAGAAGACAGCUUUCUGUGGUGCUGAGGCGGGAGCGGCAGCCUCGCAUCUGUCAUUAGAAGCUUUUCUGUUACAAGGACUUUUUACAGAGGUGACUUCAGGUUGUGGUCUGGAGCUUCUGCCUGCUCCAACCGUUCAUUCAUGAGGGUGAGGAAGAACUGUCUCACUUGAUUAGCUGCCCUCUGAAGAAUACGUUCUGUGGCUCUGCUUCAUCCCAAGCUUCAACAGCACUGCCAGUGGUGUUAGGCUGAAAGUCUCCCACCCAACCCAGCGGGUACCACUGUCACCAGUCAUUUGCACCUUGGCGAUCAGAAUCUCUCAUUCGACGUUAAUUUAUUGUCUGUAUUCAUGUCUUAAAUGUGUACAAUUUUUGUUACCAGAAAAUAAAAUCCUUGUGAAUGGA